AUGCUGUGCUCGUCUCCGACCAUCUCAAGCUUCGCCGAGGGUCUCAUCAUCUUCCUGUGGUACGCUGGGUCACCGCACCGGCCAGCCGCCGCGCCGCCACGGCCAGCCGCGCCCCUAGCCGGCCCGCCCGGCCCAGAUCUGGCCCGGCCGCCCACGACCGCCGGAGCCCUCGCGCGGCCGGCGGCCAGCGGUGGCCGCUCCCGCCCGCAGCUCGAGACGCCGGAGCCCGGAGAUCUCCCGUGCGCCGCUCCCCGCGCCCGUCCAGGCCACCAAAACGCCGGCGUCGGCACGCCUCCACCGCGCCGCCAGGGCCCCGAAGCACCUUCGCGCCCGGCUGCACGCUGCCGCGCCCCCAGCACGCCGCCGCGCCAGCUGCACGCCGCAGUACCCGCCGUCCUUGAGCCUCGCCCGUGCGAGCUCCCUCUCGCCAUGGAUGCGGGAUGGGAAGAAAUGCCCCGCCGCCACCUUCCUUGGGGAGCGCGCGGCUUUGCCGGCCCCCCUCCGACGGCGGCGAGGGAAGGGAGGAAGGUUGGGAGCCUGGGGCAGAGGACUCUAGCUUACACAUGA